UCAUGGACUGGAACGGGCGCGCACACGGGUUAGGAGCAAUCUGGAUGGGUCAUAUGUGAUUAAGGAUCAUCGCUCGGUUUUCCGGUUAAAUAUAGAAUUACAGGCGUUUAAGUCAGUUAGUGCUUGAGUGAGGUGCCGAACGUCCGCGCAUUUUCCCAAGACAGAUCGUCACGGAGACGAGAACGCGAUGCUCCUGCUGUCGCACACUGUAACACGGCAACAUUGAUGCCGCAUUGACAGUCAACGGGGCACUGACUGCACGCUCGCGCACACAAACACACACACACACACACACACGCGCGCGCGCGCAGGAAAAUCGCGCGGGCGCGCUAAUCCGGACCCUGGCUUACACGCGCAGGAGGAUGUCGGGGCGCAGGAGCUGCGUGAACUCGCUGUGGUCGGGGAGCGAGCGGGUCCGCAUCGGAGAGCGCCUCAAAGCCACGCUGGCCGGCAUCGUGGAGCUGGAUGUGCUCCGAGGGCGCCAGCUGGAGCUGAUCGACUCCGUGCUGGAUGAGAGCGGGAACCCUGAUGGACACUGUGACCAGCGCGGGAACCUCGACAGCGCCGCCGAGGAUGGUGCAGUAACCACCUUCAGUCAACAGACUCCCUCUCCGGCAGACUCUGUAGCUCCAGGGGUCAGGGCUCCAGAGGGCACAGGCUCCCGCUGGUCCACUCUGUCAUGGGACAUUCCAUCAGACCUUCUCUCCCCUCCCACUCCAGAACCCCCUGGCACCGUUUCACUCGACUGUGACUCCAGACCCAGCUCAGGUUUUUACUCAGUCAGUGGGAGCUCACUGUCGGACUCAUGUUACUCAGUGGCUAGUGAGGCGGCUCCUGCGGGUCCACUUAAAAUAGGGGGGCCAUGCAGGCCUCACUCGCUGGACCACAGUACCACCCAGUGGAGGGAGGAUGAAUCACAGAAUGGACAGAACUCGAGAGGGGCAGCCCAAAAAGGAGACCGGAGGCCUGCUUCUACUGGUGAACUAGAGAUUGAUGGGCUCAUGCUACUGACUGGACUCUGCUCUAGUCUAGAGGCAGCACAGGAAGGGUGUAUGUUGUCAAACUCAUCCAACUAUCCACAGCUGAACCUAGACCCCAAAUUCUGCUCCGACCUAGUUUCAAGAAAGACAAAAGAGGUAUACCCUUAUCCUAGCCCACUCCAUGCAGUGGCCUUGCAGAGUCCUCUGUUUACUUCCUGCCAGAAUCCUUCCCCCACAGAACGCUCUCCAAGCCCAGAGUUGGAGCAGCUUGGGGAACCAGAGCCUGAACAGACUCCUGUGAGGACCCAACCUCCACCCUCUCCGUCACUCACACAGCUGGAGCAAUACAUAACCAGAUUAGCGCAUCAGUACCACAGCAGGCUGACUGCCGAGACAUCCAGUCGAGCAUCUCAAAAGGCAUCUGCAGGUUCAUGCUAUGAAGGUGUCAAUCCUAAGACUGCCUCCUCCUCCAGCUUGACUAACUUGACUCCAUGUAAGUCUUUUCUAGGCAAUUCUGCUAGAGUUAGUCUUAGCAGCAUUGGUAAGAAAGCUAGCAGGAACUCAAUCAACCUUGGAAACCUGCCAUCUGUCACUGGGGAGGAUUUCAACAUUAGUUUUCACCUCAACUUAAAUUUAAACCUUAAACCUAGUUUGAAUAAAACACCAAAUAUUGAUGCUAAAAUAAAAAAUGAGCAGGCAUCAGAAUCAUGUGGACAUCUUAGUGGCAACUUCAUCACUCCAACUGCCUCCCCUGCUGCUUCGUCUUCAACUACAGUCACCAGCACUCCAAACUGGAGAAGCAGACCCCGUAUAUCCACCUGCCCGUCCACAAUUAGUAACCGUGGGUCACUGGAAAUCCCUGGAAAGACCUUUGGCUCACUUAACUUUUCCAAGUCUUUGGAUUGGAGCGGGGCUCCACGAGAGGAAGCAGAAGGCUGCCCCCCUUCAAAACCCCCAGAAAGUCCGGGUAAACUUAGUGAGGAUUCAGUAGUGGUGUGUGAGAUCUCACGUGUGUCUGGGUUGCCCAGGUCAGUGGUGGUAGGGCUUAUGGAGGAAGGGGUUGAGCUGGACGCUGAAUGCUUUCGGAAUGAAAGAGAGAGGGGUGAAGGGUCAGCUUCUCCAUGCAAUGCUCCAACACCUCGUUCCUCUAGAGCCUCCCUUCCUACUGCUUAUGAAGAUCAAUCUGCUUUCUAUUCAAAUUCAACAUCAAACCUCUGGGGAGGGAGUGGUGUCACCGAACCUGACUACAUGUCCCAGCAGCAUCGCUUACAGAUUAACCAUUCAGAUUGCCAACUGAUACAUACAACACAAUCAAAGUCAAACAGUCCCCGCUCUGAUCACUCUGGUCCCACUCCUUCGCACACCUCCCCCAUACUGCCUUUACCGCACACUUACUCAGAUUCCGCCUCCUCUCCUGGCUCCUCCUCUCGUUCGAGAGUGCAUUCUCCUCCUCGACUUCUCUCGAAUUCUCCAUUUACACCUGCUCAGCUAACUGUGUUCCGGCGGGACUCACCAUCCCAGUGCUCACUUCCGCACAUCCACCCCUGUGGUUCUCCACUGGAAGGCCCCAUUAGGCCCCGCGGUGGCUCCCUCAGGCAAGAUGCCGGAGCUGUGUCUGGAUGGAGGUCUCAGGAGAGAGGCUGGAGGAGAAGUGGUGAUGGGGAAGGACUUUAUCAGGGUAAGCAUGUCUCCAGAGAGCUGGUGCGAGCAUCAACGGUGAGCAGUUACUCAGGAAGAGACUACAGCUGCUGCUGGGAAGAAGAAGCAGGAUCACGGACUCCAAAGAAAGCCACCAAGUUGUGGAAAGGUUUUGAAUCAAGACUCUGGGGGAGGGAGGAAGAGUUAGAAAGAGAAGAGAGGGUUGGAGACUUUGGAUGGAGGCAUACUUCUUUAAAAGAAACUUCUUCAAGCAGGGUACAAGAACGAAAAGAGAACAAUCUCUCUAGAAAGAAAGGGACAAAUUGGGAUGGCCAUAGCUCCAGCCUUCGGCUAUCCAGGAGAGCUUUAUUUCGCAGUGAAUCUCAGGGAUUUCUGUCAUCCCGUUCCCAAAAGCGGGAAGUUCGUCUUCAGAACAACCACUGGUGCUCCUCUUUGGAGAUCGGUCGGGAAGGACGAAGCGCAGAACGUGGCCGAAAUCUAGUCAGGAAAGAGGAUAAACAUCACUCGUCCACUGCCAGUCUUUUUCAUCUCUCUCGCUCGCAAAGCCUGGAGGGAAGCACUCACUCAAUCUCACCCCUGUCUUCCCCAUCACUUUCUCCUUCUCCACCCCCAUCAGCCCCUUUAACACGUUCCAGAUCAUUUCGUGACCUUGGGAGGAAAAUAUUUGGCUCGAUGAGGUCCCUCAGUUUCAAUAAGAACCAGAAAUCAAAAAAGAAAGACUAAGACAAGCAGACAGAAAAAAAAGGCAAACUGGCCUUUGACAGAACUAUUUAAGACAUGGCAGGAUUGUGGGAUAUUGUCAAACCAUACCAGUGUUUGCCAUGCUGCUAGUCAUGGACCCGAGUUCUUGACAGGAACUUCAGUGGGAAGACCUAAGAUUAUUCAGCACUUAAGGGGCAAACAUAAAAGAUAUCCUGUAACUCAUCAAUUCAGUGUGCUGUGUAUAACUAUAAAUGUUUAAAAUGUGUAGAAAUGCAGCAGUUGCUUAUUUUUGCAUACAACUAAUAUCAAAAACACAAUUCUAUUUAACGUAGAGCAGCCCAGUUGUAAAGGCCAGAACCAGGAAUAUUGUCUUCAAGGAAAAACUGUUUGAGUGCCAGUACUGCCAAGUUACACAACAUAUAAUAAUGUGGGAGUGUAAGUUAAACAGCUCUUUUUUCUGCAAGUCUCUGCGCCUCUGCAUGCAACUCUAUGCUAUGUCUCUGUGCAUUAUUAUACUCACGGUGCACCAGUGUUCUCUAGUGUUAUUUAGAAUACUAUAUACCUUGCACUAUAGGGUUUAGUGCAUUUACUGUUAAACGCAGACUAAACUCAGACAGUACAGUAUGUUGUGUAAUAUGAAGUGUGCUCAGGACUUUAAAAUAAAUAAGAUUUCAGUGUUAAAUAAUGACUCUGUAUUAAUAAAGAUCUAAAAUGAAAAGUGAUCCCCUGUUGUUUUGAAUGCGGCUAGUUUAUCUGCCUAAUGCUAUUAAAU